CCUUCUCUUGUUUUGUUUCCGUUUCUUCCAUUUCCGUUUUAACUUUCCCGAAUCAAAAGUCUUGCUGUGUAGCUACCCCCGAAAAGUUUCGAAAGUUUUGAAAACCCAUCUUUUACGUCAAUUUUUGUGGUUAUAUUUACGAAAUCACUCCAAUAUGGCAACUGCGUUUGUAUCGAUUCGCGCGUCGUCUUCCCACCUAGUCGCUGGUGUUAACAAUAUUAUUUUGGAUAAGGAGUUGACGGGAUGUCAAAAAGUGAGACUGAGGAGAUGAUUGAAAUUGAGAUUGAUGGACAGGAGAAACAGGACUGUCUAGAGGAGGCAAUUGAGGAACAAACCAUCACAGCAGCUGAAUUGAUUACGCAAGACAUUGACAUCAGUGAGCCAAUUGGUAACCUGAAGAAGUUAUUGGAGCCUCGUCUACAGGUCCCACUGGAUGGAUAUGACAUCUGUCUGCAGGACAUCCUUUUGCAUCCUGACCACAGCUUGUUCGAUCAAGGAGUGAAGACAGAUGGCACAGUACAGCUCAGUGUGCAGAUUGUCACAAAACAGGGUGAAGAGAAAUUGAAUAUUCUAGAGAUAGUGAAACCAGUGGAGACCGUGGAGGUGGUGAUCGAUCCAGAUGCAGCUGCAGGGGAGGAAGCCCAUCUUGUGGAGGAUGGACAUGUGAUUGCAGUGGAGCGAGCUGCCAUUCCAGAUGAGACUUCGGAACAGGUGACCCGCUGGGCGGCUGCAUUGGAAGGGUAUCGCAAGGAGCAGGUUCGACUAAACAUUCCCUAUGACCCGGUGCAGUGGACAGCAGAUCAGGUAAUCCACUGGGCAGUUUGGGUGAUGAAGGAGUUCGGCAUUGAGGAAAUGGAGGUGGGGGGCAUUCACAUUCCUGGCCGCCAGCUCUGUGGUUUCACCCAGGAGGAGUUCCUCCAGAGAGUGCCCAGCGGAGAGAUCCUAUGGAGCCACUUGGAGCUUCUACGCAAGUAUGUACUUGCGAGUCAGGAUCAGGGUCAGGAAGCUACAGUCACCAUUGAUCAGCCUGUGCAGAUCAUUCCUGCACCAGUGCAGCAGGCCACGCCCACAGCCAUUAAAGUGCUGAAGCACAACAAAACGCCCCGAGCCCCCCGUAUCUCAGGAGAGGAGCGCAGCUCCCCAGGGAACCGCACAGGUAAUAACGGUCAGAUCCAGCUGUGGCAGUUUCUCCUGGAGCUGCUGACGGAUAAGGACUCUCGGGAUUGCAUUUCCUGGGUGGGAGAGGAGGGCGAGUUUAAACUCAAUCAGCCCGAGCUGGUAGCUCAGAAAUGGGGCCAGCGCAAGAACAAGCCCACCAUGAACUACGAGAAGCUAAGCAGAGCUCUCAGGUACUACUAUGAUGGAGACAUGAUCAGCAAAGUACAGGGCAAACGCUUUGUCUACAAGUUUGUGUGCGACCUGAGGACUUUGAUUGGAUACAGCGCUGCAGAGCUCAACAACCUGGUAACGGAGUGCGAACAGAAGAAACUCGCCCGGGUUCAGCUGCACGGGCUCGGCCAGCCCAUCAACACAGUCACGCUGGCCACCGCCACUGGGCAACCAGUUACCACCGUCACUUUGGCUGCAGCGGCUUUAGAGAAAGACAGUUGAGUGGCUGUGGCUUGUUAAUCCCAACCACUCAGGAGACGAGGUUAAGAUGGGAGGAAACUGGUUUAAAAAUGUGACUUUGGGCAGGGUGGGAGACCGCGGGUUUGUACGCAGAUGUGUGCGCUUUGAGUGUGUAUGCUUGCGUGUCCUUAAAGCUUAGAGUGAAUGUGUGUGUGUGUGUGUAGAGAGAGAGAGAGAGAGAGAGAGAGAGACACAAAGUAUAGAUGAUCACGUAUGAGCUUUCAGUUUUUGUAUGCUUGUUCUCUGACUGCAGGAUAGCAUUGGCUAUAUUUCCAUUGUGUAUAUACUCUGUUUUUGAUAGCCAUGUGGGCAGUGUAUUUUGAUAUUUUCCAUUUGUAAAGGAUCUUUUCUUUUUAUUUUUGAGUGUCCAAUUCCCUCAAGGUGAGGUACUUUUUACUGUCCACCAGAGGGAAAUAAAGAGACAGUUGUUUUUGAA